AUGGAUAAGUCAUGGAUGCACUCGGAUAGAAGAUCGAAGGCAUAUGAGUUAGGGGUGGAAGCAUUUUUGAACUUUUCUGUAGAAAAUCUUCUAACUACCACACAUAUCCGUUGUCCAUGUGUUAAAUGUGUUAAUUUGAAAUUGUUUGGGGUUGGAAUUAUAAGGGAUCACUUAUACUUUAAUGGAGUUGACCAAAGCUAUAAGAAUUGGACAUUUCACGGAGAACCUUGGGAAGCAGCUACUAAUGCUAGUAGAAAUGUUGAAGAAGAUGAUGACCAUAGUAGGUACAGUUUUGUGUCUGAAGAAAUAGAGAUGGAUGAUAAUGAUUUUGGUGAUUUUGGAUCUGAUCCUUAUGAGUUUGCCAAUGUGAUUGGGGAUGGAGAUCAACCAUUGUACCCUGGUUGUAGAAAGUACACGAAGUUAUCGGCAUUAGUGAAGUUGUAUAAUUUGAAGGCAAAAUAUGGGAUGAGUGAUGUCUGUUUUACAGAAUUAUUGAUACUUCAAGGCGAUUUGCUUCCAGAAGGAAAUACAAUACCGGCCUCUAUGUAUGAGGCAAAAAAAGACUUUGUGUGCAUUGGGGCUGAGUUAUGA